CUCACCUGUUUAACCACAGUUACAACUCGCAACUUCCAAACAAAACACAACAAUCCGUUCCCUCACCACCGGCCAGAUUCCAGCCUGCCGUGUUCGCAUUCUUUUCCUGGCGCACCUUGUUCGUCACAACGAAGCUCUCAUUUCCCAUCCAGCGAUUAUCGCUCUGAAAUUCCCAACAUGUCAUUCCACCCACGCCCACAACUCCUCAACCUCGGAGUCGUCGUCAGCCGUUCGCGUCUCGGGCCCUCUCGAGGUCACACAAACGAGCUCGUCUUCUCACAGCUCUUCAUCCCAACUAGAUCAACAACAAGGGUGUCCACAAGAAAAUCACGCUUCUCAACAACCUCAACAACCUCAACGCCUCGAUCUAACCACCACCACCGUCCUCGCUCUCAUCAGUAUCACCACCACCACCACCACCACUACCGACACCAGCAACAAACCCGCCAUAAUAGCACCCACUCCUCCAACUCCUCCAACCCAAACCCCUCCAACCCAAACGCCAACAACGUCAACGAAGCCCGCAUCACCCGCCUCCUCUCCCGCCUCCCCCGCUUUCUCCACCCAUACCUCUCCUCCCUCCGCUCCUCCCCUUCUUCUUUCGUGGUGGCCUUUCUGAUCCUACACGAAAUUACGGCUGUCGUCCCUGGUCUGGGUUUCUUUUACCUUUUUCACUAUUGCGGUGGUGAUGAUGACGACAAGGAAGAAGACGACAAGGAUAAGGAGGGGAGUAAGGAGGGGUCAUAUGGCAAGAGGUUCGAAGAGUGGGUGAUGGGGUGGAUGAUGGAGCUGGGAUAUUCGGAGGUGAUGGUUAAAAAGAUGGAGGGGUUUGAGCGGUGGUUCAAGAGGAAGGGGUAUUUUGGGUUUGAGAGGGAAAAUGGGGACGGGGAGGAAGGGGAGGGGAAGGGGGAGGAAAAGGGGAAGAAGAAUGGGGAGAAGAAGGGGGAGGGUGAGGGAGAAGGACGAAAAGAGCAAGUUUUGAUGAUGAAAAAGUGGCAGAGUGGUGGAGAUGAAAAGUAUAGAGUCUUGGUGGAUGCGGCGCUGGCGUAUGCGAUUACCAAGGCGUUGUUGCCGGUGAGGAUUAUUGCGAGCGUGCAGGCUACGCCGUGGUUUGCGGGCGUGUUGGGGAGGGUGAGGAGCGUUUUUGGUGGUGGGUUGAGGAAGUGAAAUCAAACAGUACCUAAGAUGAUGGAGGGUGGUUGAGGGACAUGAGAUGGUUUCUAGCCUCGGUGGGGGAGGGCGACAAGACAGCAACCCAAAAGCUGGCGAGGGGGAACCGUUCCAUCAAGAGAACACCUCGAUCGAUUAAACCAGGUUCGCCUUUCACUACGACAUUUGCUACUCAUUAACAUUAAGUUACCUCUAUCCUCCUCAUUCUACUACUAUUGAUCCAUCCGAGCAAGAAGAAUCUCACUCCCGUCUUCUCUAACAGAUCCAUUCAUCAUCUCCAUUUACCCUUGUCCAUCAAGAAUAGACCUUCAAGCCUCUCACCCCUACGCCUCAACAACCCUGCUACAAAU